AUGAAAACAUUCAACGAUAAGCAAUUGAGCAAGAUAUUAAUUUUGUUAGGUUAUGUACAAAACAAUGGCAUGACAAAACAUUCGACAAUUAGUAAUCGAGCAAGAUACUACUUAAUUUUGUUAGGUUAUGUACACAACAGUCGUAUGAAAACAUUCGAUAAUUAGUAAUCGAGUAAGAUAUUAUUUAAUUCUGUUAGGUUACAAUUAUAUGAAAAUUAUAUGAAAACAUAAGUAAUCGAGCAAGAUAUUAAUUUUGUUAGGUUAUGUACAUGUCAAUCGUAUGAAAACAUUCGACGAUUAAGAUAUUACUUAACUUUUUUAGGUUAUGUACAAAACAAUCGUAUGAAAACAUUCGACAAUUAGUAAUCGAGCAAGAUAUUAUUUAAUUCUGUUAGGUUACAAUUAUAUGAAAAUUAUAUGAAAACAUAAGUAAUCGAGCAAGAUAUUAAUUUUGUUAGGUUAUGUGCAUGUCAAUCGUAUGAAAACACUCGACGAUUAAGAUAUUACUUAACUUUUUUAGGUUAUGUGCAAAACAAUCAUAUGAAAACAUUCGACGAUCACAUUCGGCAAGAUGAAAAUUUAAAUCGCUGUUCAGUUAUUUAGGACCACCAUGUACGUGCAAGCCAGAGUACGAAUCGUGGAGCUCGGCAUGCAGAGUCGGUGGUAGCCGAUUGCCGGUUGACAUUGAGCCACGUAGACGUGGCGUCUCAUCCAUUUUCCUCCUCACGUGUCGUCUCGUCAAUUUAA